AUGCUCGUCAACAUCCCCUUCAACAUGCUCGUCAACAUCCCCUUCAACAUGCUCGUCAACAUCCCCUUCAACAUGCUCGUCAACAUCCCCUUCAACAUGUUCGUCAACAUCCCCUUCAACUUGCUCUUCAACAUCUCCUUCAACAUGUUCUUCAACAUCCCCUUCAACAAGCUCGUCAACAUCCCCUUCAACAUGCUCGUAAACAUCCCCUUCAACAUGCUCUUCAACAUCCCCUUCAACAUGCUCUUCAACAUCCCCUUCAACAUGCUCGUCAACAUCCCCUUCAACAUGCUCGUCAACAUCCCCUUCAUUAUGCUCGUCAACAUCUCCUUCAACAUGCUCGUCAACAUCUCCUUCAACAUGCUCGUCAACAUCCCUUUCAACAUGCUCGUCAACAUCCCUUCAACAUGCUCGUCAACAUCCCCUUCAACAUGCUCGUCAACAUCCCCUUCAACAUGCUCGUCAACAUCCCUUUCAACAUGCACGUCAACAUCCCCUUCAACAUGCUCAUAA